AUUGUUGAUCAGUCCAUCUUUGUAAAAUCAUAAAUUUAAAAGUUUGUAACGAUAUAUUAUUGCAAAUAUUUAUUUAAAAAGAAACGUGAAGAUAUGUAAUUUAAUAACUACGACAUCUCAAAAUUAAAUAUAAGAUAUUUUGAUACCUUAUUCUAUUAACUUCGAAUUUACUCAUUUGAUAAACUUCUGAUAGUUUUACAAAUUGUGAGUUCAUAUAUAUGAAAAAAAUAUAUAAUUUUAAAAAUUCCGAUUAUAUGAUCGAACAAAAUUCCAAUUUUAAAUCUAACAUCGAUGCCGCUUUGCAUCGACAAGAGCCUAUAGGAAUAUUCGAGAAAGGAGAAAAGGUUAAGCAAUUUCAAAUAAUUUGAAUGGAAAUAAAUCCGCAGCCGCAUCUAUAAAAGCAGCUAAUCAGAUAUGUAUGAAAGUAUGAGUGACUUGCAGUAACAAAUUUCAGGAUAUUUAGAAAGGUAAGGAAUAAUUAAUUUUACAGCCAAGAAUGGAGGCUCUUAGCUCAAACCAGCAAUCACUAAGAUGCUGUGAAACAGUGGAAGAUGGGAAAGUAGAGUGCAAGUGUGCAGAAGGAUGGUCUUGCUCUGUCUCUAAAACAGAUGGUUCCAAAGCUGCUGGCAAGCCCUUCUGUCAAUGUUCCAGUGGCAUAACUUGUACCCGCCUAGAAGAAUCUGAUCCAGAGGCACAGAAAGCACUAGAGGGAUCAAAUGAUUGCAAGGUGAUAUGCAAGACAGAUGCAGGAUAUACAUGCAAAAUAAGCAAAGGAGGGGAAGUGAAAGCUGAAUGUGGAGAAGGUUGCAUCUGCCUUGUUGAUGAAACUGGCAAUAUUAAAUGCAUAACCAAAGCAGCAGAAACCUCAUGCUGUGCCUCUGGUUGUAACUAAUAAUUAUGACACUGCCUAAUAAUGACCAGCAGCUUGCAUGCCUGAUGCUGCUGGCUUUGUGGCUUUGUUUGUCUUGAGAACGUUUGUGUCUUUCAGUUUGGUUUGUCAAAUAAUAUGAUCGUCUCUGUUUGUUAAAUAAUAUGUACUACAUGUAAUGAGAUAUUUGCUUUUUUCACUAAUUACAGCUUAUAACUUUUUUUAGUCAUUAGGUUAAUGUCAUCGACAACUGUAAGUAGUAUUUCCAAUUUGGAAAUGAAAAAUAGAGAUGAUAUUUCCAAAGUUCAAAGUCUACCACCUAUUUCUUUCAAGUUAAAAUAUUUGUAAGUACCUUUAUUCUUUUGGGUUUAAAAAAUGGCUAUAUAAGUACUUAAAUUUAAGUCAAAAUGAUUUUAAAAAAAAAAAAAAAAAAAAAAAGAAGAUGAUCGUCAAGGUGAUUGACACGUGCAGCCAGGUGUCCGCCUUAGAUCAAUUUCCUUGCAUUCAAUGCCACUGAGUUCUCUUAUAAUAGAACAAGCGAGAGCAGUCAGCGGAGCAAGUAGAGGAUUGUUUAGAGAAGACAAAAAUGUCGAGAAACUUAAUAAAAGAAGGGGUGAAGAAGAUGGGGCGUUUGACAAAAAGUGAAAGGUUUCCUAUACUUGAAGGACACCCAAUUGGGCAACAACAUGGAGAAGCAGCAGUAGAGUCUGUUGGGAACCUGAAGAAAGUCAUGAAAUUAAGUGAUAAAGAUAAGAAGAGGAAGGAAUUCAGGAUCUAUAGGUGGAACCCCGAUAAUCCUAACCAGAAACCGUUUCUUCAAUCUUUCUUUCUCGACCUUCCUUCAUGUGGCCCCAUGGUUCUGGAUGCGUUGCAAAAGAUAAAGGGGGGGGAAGAUUCUAGUUUGAGCUACAGGAGGUCAUGUAGAGAAGGAAUAUGUGGAUCAUGCUCAAUGAACAUAGAUGGGGUUAACACAGUGGCAUGCCUCAAGCCUAUUGAUACAGACACUAGCAAGCCAACUACCAUCACUCCUCUUCCUCACAUGUUUGUUAUCAAAGAUUUGGUGGUUGAUCUCACGAAUUUCUACCAACAGUACAAGUCUAUAGAGCCAUGGUUAAAGACGCGAAAACCACCCCCAGAUGAGAGAGAAUACAGGCAAACACCAGAGGAUAGGAAGAAGCUUGAUGGCUUAUACGAAUGCAUAUUAUGUGCAUGUUGCAGCACUUCUUGUCCAUCUUACUGGUGGAAUCCUGAGGAGUUCCUUGGACCUGCAGCCUUGCUCCAUGCCUACAGAUGGAUCUCGGACAGUCGAGAUGAAUUUGCAGAUGAGAGAUUGCAGGCGUUAGCAGAGGACCAGCGGCGGUUGUAUCGAUGCAGGACUAUAAGAAAUUGCACAGCAUGUUGCCCGAAGAGCCUUAAUCCUGCUAAUGCUAUAAACAAGAUGAAGACUAGGCAUUUAACUGAGAGGACAAGGGAGGAUCUUGAAGCUGAGCCUGAACCUCGUUUUGGGCAAGCUUGAUGUGUUAUCUUUCUGUGUAUUAUCACUCUAGUGUGUUCAUAGCAAAUAUACUGUAGUACAUACGAGUCUAUUAUAGUUUGUCCUUGAUAAUCUCGUAAUUUCGCAUGUG